AUGACCAAAGAGAAGUACUUGCUGAAACUGGGAGAAGCUGUGGGUAUUGCAAUGGUGAAAUCUAAGAAACUCCUUGAAAGAACCCGGGCCAGGCGGGAGAACCUGCAGAAGAAGAUGGCUGAGCGGCCCAAGAUGGGAGUGAGACCCAUAAUGCAGGCGAAGAGGGUCAGAGAGCCUUUGUUAGAAACUGGUAACCAGGCACCUCUUCCUGGUGAAGAAGUGAAGCCUGGUACAAAACCGUCACCAUCAAAGAGACUCUGCCCUAACAAUAUGGAGACUCAAGCCUCCAGUUCAGAGAACGUACAGCCAGUUCCUUCAAGUUCCACAAGUCAUCAUUCUCCUGAGAUGACUUCAGAGUUGCACAUAACUGCUUCUAACAGGGCUUCACUGGUUCAGCCUCUUGAGAAAGGAAAAGCAAACACAGAGUCAGAAACUCCUGCAGUCCUUUCAGUCAAAACACGUAUGCAGAAGUUGGCAGAACAGCGACGCUGCUGGGAUAGUGAGGAUCCCUCUGAAUGUGUUCCUCUGUCUCCCCUCCAGUCAAAAGGUCUGUCUGUUUCUCCACCUAAGCAGACAUCUAAUGCCCUGGCAAGUGACACCCCUAUUGGGAGAAGAGGCCGUUUAGCUAACCUUGCUGCUACAAUUGGUUCCUGGGAAGAUGACCUAAGUCAUCCAUCUGCAAAGCAAAACAAUGCACAAGAACAGCCUGGCACUACUUGUUUAUCCAAAUUGUCCACUACAAGUGGAGCAUCUGCUAGAAUCAAUAGUAGCAGUGUAAAGCAGGAAGCUGCAUCCUGUUCUCAAAGGCUUGUUGAGGCUUCUAUUAAUAAACCAGCAAACUCAAAGAUAGUGGAUCCAGACAUUUUUUUAACACAGUCCUCAAGAGUCACUGCUCCCUGUUCUAAAGCAUCUGAAGUACGACAACUGCUAACAGAGAAUCCCCGCAGCCCUCAGAAAACUGAAAAGCGUACAGAAACAGCAAAGUCAACUUUGCCUCAACCAGUUCAGUCCAAAGAAGAGCCAGUCAAAGGAACACAUGUGCAACUUGAACCUAAGGGUAAACCCACAACACCAGGGGGAUCAGGAAUUAAGCCCUUCCUGGAACGCUUUGGGGAGCGCUGUCAAGAGCGUAGUGCACAGAGUCCUGCUACGAAUACUCCAGGGUGCAGAACACCCAUUGUUACCCCAAAUACAAGGACAAUCCAGGAAAGGCUUCUCAAGCAAAAUGAAAAUUCCUCUACUGCCAGUUUAGCACUUCAGUUUAAGCAGGAACGUGAACGAGAACUUGCAUGCCUUCGUGGCCGGUUUGAUAGAGGCAAUUUGUGGAGCGCAGAGAAAAGUGAAAGUUCAAAGAGAAAACUUCCAGAAGCUAAAAUGGAAAGCCAAUCUCAGGCUAGUCCAAAACAUCCUCCUAGUUCAGAUGCCACCGCUUUUGGAUCAGCAGAAGACACAACAGCAGGUGACAGGCCAGUAAAGUCUCCCAGCGUGGAGUCUUCAGAUGCUUCUAAAUGUGAAGAGACUGAUAAACCCAGUCCUCUGGAGAUCACUGAGCCAAAGAGUCCUGUAAAAGAAAUGUCUGUCUCAAAACUUGAACAACUUGCUGAGAAACCGAAAGAUGAAGUAUAUGAAAUCGAAAUAAGUGUGGAUGACGAGAUGAAUAGCUCAAAAGUGAUAAAUGAAAUUUUUGAAGUUCUUCAAGAAGAUGGUCCAGAUAUAGAAAAACUGAAGAAAGAAAUGAGCAUGAGCCUGGAAGGUGAAAGUGAUGAGGAUGAGCAGGAAGAGUCACUGAAUAUUUCAUCAAUGUCUCUGUUAACUCCUCUAGUGGAAUCUGUUGGUCCAGAGGCCUUUGUUUCUCCUUGUAAGUCAACUGGUGAAGGUAGCAGUAUCAGUGAUGUGAGUCUCAUGUCUGAAAAGUUCCAAAGGACUAAAGUCCCCAGGGCAGAAUCUGUAGACAGUAUUGGCUCUAUGUCAGAAGAUCGCAACCUUCCCUAUAGUGUUGAUGCAUAUAGAUCUCAAAGAUUUAAAGAAACUGAUCGUCCUUCAAUAAAGCAAAUCAUCGUUCGCAAAGAAGAUGUGGCUUCCAAACUGGAAACGAAAAAGAUCGGCCCAUCUGAUCAAGUCAAUAUCAAAAAGAAAAUGCAGGAGCUGAAUAAUGAGAUCAACAUGCAGCAGACGGUGAUUCAUCAAGCCAGUCAAGCUUUGAACUGCUGUUUUGAUGAGGAACAUGGAAAAGGGUCACAAGAAGAAGCAGAAGCAGAGAGACUUCUUCUCCUUGCAACUGAGAAGAGAACUGCCUUAUUGGAAGAACUGAAUAAACUGAAGAGUGAGGGGCCUCAUAGUAAAAGAUAUAAAGCUGCUUCUACACCCACUGAAUUUGCUCCAUCCAGGGGAUCUGUUUCCAUUUCAGAAAUGCGUCUACCUCUAAAAGCAGACUUUGUAUGUGGUACAGUUCAAAAGCCAGAGGCAGCAAACUACUACUAUGUAAUAAUACUGAGAUCUGGAGCAGAAAACAUGGUUGCAACCCCAUUAGCAAGUACUGCCAGCUCCCUGAAUGGAGAUGCUCUUACUUUUACUACAACAUUUACUAUGCACGAUGUGUCAAAUGACUUUGAAAUAAAUCUAGAAGUUUACAGUUUGGUGCAGAGAAAAGAAGUUACAAGUACUGAUAAAAGGAAAAAGGCAAAUAAAUCUAAGGUUAUUACUCCAAAGAGAUUAUUAACAUCUAUUACCUCUAAAAGCACCCUUCUUACGCCAGCCAUGGCCAGUCCAGGUGGCCCUAAUGCUGUACGCACUACGCAUUUCAUCCUUGUUGGGUCCCACAAGUUAUCGCUAUCUUCUGUAGGAAAUGCCAAAUUUGCAUUGGACAAGGUUCCCUUUUUGUCUCCUUUGGAAGGUCAUAUAUAUCUGAAAUUAAAAUGCCAAGUGGACUCCUCUGUAGAGGAAAAAGGGUUCUUGACUAUGUUUGAAGAUGUUAGUGGAUUUGGAGCAUGGCAUAGGCGCUGGUGCGUGCUGUCUGGAAACUGUAUAUCUUACUGGACAUACCCAGAUGAUGAAAAACGAAAGCAUCCUUUGGGCCGGAUAAACUUGGCUAACUGCACUAAUCAUCAGAUUGAACCUGCCAAUAGGGAGUUCUGUGCCCGUCCCAACACUUUUGAACUAAUAACUGUCCGACCUCAGAGGGAAGACGACAGAGAGACUCUCGUCAGCCGAUGCAGAGACACGCUCUGUGUUACAAAGAACUGGCUGUCUGCUGAUACUAAAGAAGAGCGUAACCUUUGGAUGCAAAAGCUCAACCAAGUCCUUGUUGACCUUCGCAUGUGGCAGCCUGAUGCCUGCUACAAACCUAUUGGAAAGCUUUAAAUUCUGGAAGGGAAAUAUGAAGAAAACGUGUAUGCAAAAAUCCCCAUGAACUA